AUGACAACUAUUUUGCCUACUCAGCUUACGUAUCGAUCUUUUAACAAUUUAAGCCUGGUUUUGGGGCAUCCCACCUACCAAACUGUUAAAAAUUUCCAAGACGGUAAUAUCAAAACCUUUCAAUACAGCAAGGAUGGUAGAUAUAUUAGUUUGGCGUCACCAGAAAGCGUAAAGAUUAUAGACUCUAACAAUGCAGAGCCUCGUAGCGAAAUUGAAAAGAAAAAUAUUGUUGAAAUCGGAUUUUCUCCAAAAGGGACAUAUAUUUCCACGUGGGAAAGACCAGUUAAACUAUCUGAAAAUUUGGUACACAAGAAUUUAAUCAUAUGGGAAACAGCGACCGCGCAAAUGUUGAUUCAAUUUACACAAAAGAGUCAGGCAAAUUGGAAUGUUCAAUGGACUGAAGAUGAAUCGUUCUUUAGUCGUAUGGUUACUGGUGAAGUUCAUUUCUACGACAGCAAUCGUAUUGACAAAAUUCAUGCCAAACUACGGUUAGAAAACAUCGUAGAUUUUUCCCUGUCUCCCGGAAAAAAUCCAUCCAUAGCCGUAUUUAUCCCAGAAAAAAAUAGUGCUCCAGCAUCUGUUCGUAUUUAUUCGAUAACCAACUUUAAUUCUCCAUUGGCGCAAAAAACUUUUUUCAAAGCCGAUAAAGUUCGAAUGCACUGGAACGAUCUUGGUACGAACUUACUGGUUCUAACACAAACUGAGGUGGAUAAGACGAAUAAGUCUUAUUACGGAGAAAAGGAUGGUCCAAUACAUGACGUCACUUGGAGUCCAAACUCUAAAGAAUUUAUAGUGGUUUAUGGAUACAUGCCCGCCAACGCGACAUUAUUCGAUCAUCGCGCAAAUCCCAUACAUGAAUUCGGCGUCAAUCCUCUUUUCAAAAAUGUUGAAUUCUUAACAUCAGAAUUCAAUAAUAAUUUACUGAUAUUCAUAGCCGGGUUCGGAAAUCUCGCUGGAACAAUAGAUAUUUGGGAUCGUGAGAAUUUGAAAAAAAUAUCGACCAUAGAAGCUCCUAAUUCGUCUGAAUGUUUUUGGUCGCCUGAUGGACGUUAUAUAAUGACUGCGACUCUAAGUCCCCGUCUACGAGUUGAUAAUGGUUAUAAAAUUUGGCAUUAUACCGGUGUACUAGUACAUGAUGAGAGUAUUCAGGAAUUAUUACAGGUUCAAUGGAGGCCAGCUAGUGUAGAACUAUAUCCAAUGCGUACCUUAUCACCACCGCCUAAAGUUUCAGAAGAUUCUGCCGCAUUAGCUGCAAAACCUUCACCAGCUAAGAAAGUAGGCGCUUAUCGACCUCCACAUGCACGUGGUACAGCAACGCCAGAUAUGUUUAAGCGUGAAGACGAAGCAAGUAAGCGAUUGCACGUACAUGGUCAUGGAAAUAAACCGAUGCCAGUAGGAGCAUUUGAAGCCGCUGUCAAAAACAAAAAGAAGCGUGAAGCGGCAAAGAAAAAAAAGGAAGAAGCAAGUCUUGCUUCUGAAAAUAGUGGUGCAGCAUCACCGUUGCCACCAUCAUCAGCGCCAACUCAACAGGUUAUUAAUAAUGGUAUAAUAGAUGUUACUGAAACAGUCAAAGAACCUAUAGCAUCAAUUACAUCGACAAAUGGAAUAUCCCAGGGCGGAAGUUUAUUAUCAGAGACAGAUAAAAAGAUUCGAAAUUUAACAAAGAAGCUAAGGCAAAUUGCUGAACUUAAAGAAAGGCAACAAAAAGGUGAUAAAUUAGAACUGACACAG